AUGGCAUCGUGUGGAUAUUCCACGUUUGUUGGAGGGCCCUGUGGAGCUAGCCCUUCAAAUCCUGCAGAUGCAACGUGUGUAGCACUAGACAAAUGCACAAAAGACGUCAAGUCUCACUUAAACCAAUAUGACUGCUUUGAUUCGUCCUUGAAAACGGAAGCAGAUCUUCUUCUAGCAAGAGCAGGUAACUGAUUUGCACUGUAAAUAAAUAAAGCCUUUCCGAUAAGUUGAUCAAGUUGAUGCAUUUUUACCGCUUGUUAUUAUAUGCCUUUCGUUUUAUCUUAUUUUAUUCAUUAAUAUUAAUUUGUUUAUGCGUGGCACCGCAACUCGAAAGACCUCUCAAAGGCAGCAACGUAGUUCCGGAAUUUGACUUACUAACUGUUGAUACUAACAGCAAACACAUUUUGCGAUUACCACAGGAUUGCUACAUGAAUUCACUGCGGCUUCUUUUGUACAUUUUGUUUCAGGGAUUUUCGAAGUCGAUGAUAAUCAUAUUAAAAUGUCGAUUUGUCCAGGACAUCGAGACGCCUUUGGUAUACGAUGGCGUAGCGGCAAAAGAACAUGUUCCGCUCCAAAAGACUGGGCGGCGCGUAAGAGUAAACAAGUCAAGGGAGAUCGGGGUAUCACCCUACCACAAUGUAAAAGGAUCUUUAGGCUCACUUCAGUGUUUGUUCCAGUUCCGUCUCGUAAGUAAUAAAGAUAAUGCUAAGAAUUGCACAAUCCUCUAGUCCCUGGGAGCUGCGUAUGCAGCCGAAAGAAACCCGGCUAGAUGUUAAGUCUGGUCUGUGGCGUGGGUUGGGGACUGGUACUUAAAAUUUAGAAACAAUUAGCUGCCAUGAACAAAAAGCUUUAUGACCAAAUCCUAACUCGAUGGGGAUCAAAUGCAUGUCUAAAUCAGUGAUUAAAACCACAUUCGCUGUGUUACAGACACCAACCAAAUUUGCAGUGAUUAUGGAGAUUCCACUGCAUUAUUUCACGAAGGCUGAAAUGGAUAUUCGCAGAUUUUAUCGCUGAAUAAAGAAGAUGGGAAAUGUACUCAUGAGUUGUUAUUUUUCUGUUUUAAUUUUAGCCAUUUGUAAAAAAUGUCGGCUGGUGCUUGCAUCAGGGGCACCUUCAUCCCCGUGUGAAACAAAAGAAGAUGCCCCCCCCCUCCAAUCGCAAAAGAGAAACGAGACGUCUGCACAUCAUUUGCUUCAUCACCGUCCAUUACAAAAGAGGAUGUUUCUUUCAAAGUCCAACAAGCAAAGGCAAAGGUCCUGUCAGUUGUUGACACUGACGAAACUGACUCGGUAAUAUAUUAUAAUCAUCAGAAUCAGAGACAGGAUUUGGAAUUGAAACAGUUUUCAAAUGGCUCCUUCUUGGAACCUCAACGAAAAAAAACCACAUGCACACAAAGAAACAGAUGGAGGAAGGAGGAUUGUUUUAAAUUAGAUCUGCAAUUUGUUUUGCAGUUCAAAACAUGUAGAAUUAAAUCGAUGACUAGAUUUUUUUUUUUAAAUAAAAGCUACAGUUUUCAUCAUCUUCAUCAUUAUCAUCGGCCCAAUCAUCAUCAUUGUCAUAAUUUUGUAUUACUGAGCUAGUCGCUUAUAGCUUCUUAACUCCUUAUAUCAUUUUAUUAUUCUCUUUCUUAAUUUGACUUUCUCUUUUCUUCUUUUCUCUUUUAUAUUUCAGGACAAUGAAAGUACAUCUGGUUUAAGUCAAGCCAUGAAAAACCUCGAACUUGUUUCGUUCGACAGUAGCCCUUACGCUACAGAAAGUACCGGCAGCAGCAGCGGUAAUGCGAAUGAUUCAUCAAUCGAAAACCAAACGCUUCGUCGCUUAAAGCUGAAUGAAUUUCUAAGUGUAUGUGGCAGGGAAACUGUGAAUCAACCGAAAAAAAGUUGGGAGCAACUAAGCACGCGAACUAAAAAUGUUGGCGUAUCUAAAGCAAAAGAUGCUGUCGUUGCGUCGUUAGAGGUCAUUUCUCCUGGAAACCCGGCAGCCCUAUGGGAAGCAAUGAAAAGCUCACAGUCUGUAGAAAAAGCCUUGGGCACAGAAAAUCAAUCUCCGUUCGAUAAGAAGUACCUGGAAGCGUUAGCAGAGACCUAUCAGAAUGCAAGUAGUUGGGACACCCGCCGACAGGUGUUGUCAAUAAUGGCUGAUUUGACACCGUACUCUGUUUUGCAGCAAUUUAUUCCUGGCAUCACCGACUACAGAAUCAAAGUAGCUCGCCAACAUUCCAUCGAGCAUGGACGCGGUGUCCUUUGCCUGCCGCCAAGAGCCCUGGACUCAGGGUAGAGGAAAUCCAGCUCGAUCAUUUUUUAAGCUUCAUUACCAGUCCCCACGUGGUCCAAGAUCUACCGUUUGGCCAAGGCUACCUGUACCUAUCAAACAGCAAGGUACUCGAAACACCUAAUGUGAUAAGGUCCAUGAUACCACAGCGCAUAAUUGAUCAGUAUAACCAGUUCUGCUUGGAGACGAAUUUUUCUCCGUUCAGCCCAUCCACAAUGUUACGAAUAUUGUCAUCGUGUACCGCUACAGUAAGAAAGUCACUUCAAGGACUAGACUAUUUUGCCGCUGAAGGAGCAAAAGCCUUUAACGAUUUUCUAAAAUUAGUUGCAAGGACUGGAGACAGACAGUGGGUCGCUAGAUGCGAGCAAGCUCUGAAAGAGGGAAAACAGUAUUUGAAAACGGACUACAAGGUAGAUAUUUUAGAACCAUUUAUAAUAUAAACACUGAAAGGGUAAUCACAUAAAAGAAAUAAAUAUGCAAAGGCGAUCAGUUGAACCCUUAAAGAUUAUUGUAGCUAUGCCUACCUUUUAUGUUUAGUUACCCCUUUUAUACUAUUAAAUAAAUUUAAUUGUAUGACCGCAGUAAAAGAUGUGUGAUAAAUCGUGUCUAGUUCUUUGGCCAAUCAUAGGUUGAUGAUUUCUUUUUUAAGAUGUUGAAUUCAAAAUUUACCCAGAAAUUUCAAAAACACAAUGAAGAAAUUCUUCUUUGUAGAUAUAGCUUAUUAUUUUUGUUCUGACUACUUUCUCGCAGGUUCAUAUCACCAAAGCAUCCAGUAUCCCCGACCACUGUAGUGCGUACGCCCUAACUGAUACAAAGGAAGAGUGUCUUCGAGAAAUGUGUGACCACGCCCACGACAAGAGUUGUCCCUUUUGUGAUCGGCUGAAAGACACUUUAAAAGAAAUUGAGUUGAAUUUGAUCGAAGCGAACCUGGAUAAAGAAGUAGGUUGAGAACUGUUGUAAUUUCAGCAUGACCAUUCACUAGGCUUAAAAAGAUAAGUACACAAUACUUUUGAAGUAACGUUUGUUUUAGUGAGAUUGAGCAUCCAUAAUUCGCUUCUGAAGUGUUUUGAUAAAAAAUUCUGAAGGCCUUUCUCUUUUAAUAUUUUUUUCUUUCGUCAUUUAGUUGAAAUAGGCCCGCUAGAGGAACCAGUUUUCACACACUGUUCAUUUUCCCAAGGAGACUUUCAAGAUGUAUCUUCAUGUGAAAAGAAGAGUCGCCGACAAAAGAGGAAAGUGUUGUUUCCGCUGACCACGAAAGCACGCUCUUUUAUUGUCCAGUGGAGGGAUGCGUAAGCACCUUUCAGCGCCACUAUAAUCUUGAACGCCACUUGCAUUAUGAAAAAUGCCAGUUUCUCGAGGAGAAACACAGCCUCUUAGACAAGGCGAAGAUGAUGUACUUCGAAAAACUCGAAGAAGGUGCCAGUGCACAGCCUUUUGUAGCGGGCUCAGUUGUGGUAGAAAAGAGGGCGGGGCAUCUGCUCUCACCGGGUUGGGCCCUACGUUCAACUAAAAAAAGUUCUAGAUUCAAUUUCAAGCAGAAGAAUUACUUAAACGAAAAGUUUAAGAUCGGCGAACAAACUGGACAUAAAACAGACCCAGAAGACGUGGCUAGAGAUAUGAGGCACGCAAAAGAAGAAGAUGGCAGCCGCAUGUUCACACCAGCUGAAUUCCUUUCACCUCAGCAAAUUAAAUCCUAUUUUUCAAGAGUUGCAGCGAAUUUACGUCAGUCCGAAAGUUGCGAUGAUGCUGAUGAGUGCGAUGUUCAAGCCGUUGAAGAGGAAGAUGUAUACUCUUCUGUGCGCACUCAUAUAAUCCAGGAAUGCCAGCUUGUUCAUCCAGUCAUGUAUGACACGUACAAUCUGCUUGAAAUG